AUGUUACUGUUCAAAACUACGGAUAUUGCCAAGUGCUAUCUGAAAUGUAUGAGGAAAUCUUCUACGCGUUUUUCCGACAAUGUUAAUUCUUCUGUCCAUCUUCCAGCUGGCGUUGUUCGGCAGACAUUUCCGUCACUGGCCAAGUCCGAGUUGGAGGUUCUAUACCCCGUGGCGAACACAGACAGCUUGCGACUUCCUUCAGCAGUUGUUGACUUCGACGAUCCCAAUGGUUUGUCCAAUUGCCGACAGUCAUGUCGCAAUGCAUUACCCGGUCAUAUUAUCCCCAAAUCGGCCCGGUUCGUAUUCGUUUCAAUCAACCGUUACGAACGCAAGAAGAAUCUCUCCUUGGCGCUGUUUGCUUUGAGCCAUUUGUUCAUCCAUUGGGACGAGUUAGUGGAUUCGGACAAGUCAGGUCAUGCGAAACCCUCCGACGUGCACUUGGUGUUGGCCGGAGGCUACGAUACACGUGUUGCAGAAAAUGUUGAAUAUCAUAAAGAAUUGACCGCAUUAGCAGACGAACUCAAGAUCGGAGACCAUGUAACUUUCGUCCGUUCUUGUCCAUCUGAAGUGAAGACGCUACUGAUCUCAUCUAGCGAUGCUGUUUUGUAUACACCGGACAGAGAGCACUUCGGAAUAGUACCAGUGGAAGCCAUGUUUCUCUACCGACCCGUAAUCGCACUGGACUCUGGUGGUCCCCGUGAAACAGUCUUAGAUGGAUCCACUGGGUUCUUGUGUCGCGCAGAACCGGAGGCUCGUCUUCCCGGUUGUUUUGCGGUUCAACUGGCUAGGUUUCUCAACGACCCCAGUCUGGUGUCCAGGAUGGGAAAAAUGGCACACCGCAGAGUUGUGGAACAUUUCUCCUGCAAUGCUUUCCGCAAACAGCUUUGUGAUAUUAUCUCGCACUUGUCAGCCCCUAACUUUCAAUGAUCUUGACUAUUCAAUGCGAACAUUUUACUGCUUCCUGUCAUCCCCUUUGUACUGUUCAUCAGGAUAUAUUGGGCCAUACAUAUCGAAUGAGGUAGUGAACUCGUACCUAUAAAAUGCAUGUCACGCAGACACUUCGUUUCUGGUGCCAAGCUUGUCCGAUUUGUGCCUUUGACAAAGUUUCCAUACAUACGUGUUAAACCACAUGGUAUCCAUUGGUGUGAACUGAUUAGCCCUAUACAUGUUUGUCCCAAUGGAUAAUUGAGUGGCAUCGCCUCUGCAACAGUAAUACUGGCUUUCAUGUUGCACACUAAAUUUUUCUUGAGCUAC